AUAGCUAAGAGGCACCGCUUUGUUGCCCCAACUUUUGUUUACCGAAACUAUUUUUUUUAAUACACCCCCAGCUUUUGACAAUCGUAAUUAUUUUAAAACCGGCCAGCAAUAUAACCUGUUUUAACAUUUUAAAAAAGUGCGUUUUCAAAUAGUGAUUCAGUGAAAGUGGCUCGAUUUUUGAACUUUUAAAUAUCGAAUGUGCGUUUGAAUUUAUAAUGAGAAGAUGAUUAAUUAAAAAGUGUUUAAUAAUCGGCUUAAUAUACUAUGGAUAAAAGGGAGAAAAAGAAACGCAACACGGGAAAACGAAACGCAAGAACCAAAGAAGCGCCGAAAGCAAAGCGAUAAGCGCGCAAAAUGACUGCUCAAAAACUGAUUCCGCGCGAACUGUCAAAGUGACAUUUGUGAAGUGAAGUUCAGAAAUUCGGGAUGAACGGUUCAGGAACAUGGUGACUCUGAUGCCGUGUAGCUACCUGGGCGGGGCUCCGGCGCGCUGCAGCCUCGAACACACAGAGCCGAAGGCAAAGAGGCCAAGAAUUGAAACGAUCACCAAUGUAUCAAACCGAUUAUCAAACGAAGUCAACGCAAGCCCUUGCGAGUCAGAGUCCACGUCAAACUCCCCGCCAUCGCUACUGCAAGACGCUUCGCUCCCUGCGCUCCUAGUAUCCGGAUCGACGACUUUGUUCCAAUCCACCACGACCGCGUCGUCCCUAUCAGCUGUGGACAACCUAUGCUUGCCUGGUACCGGCGACGUGGAUAGCUGUGGAAUAGCCAACGGAUGCUCGAAUGCAGGGCUGGCGUUGCCGCUGACGUCUACUGGGGGGCUCUGUUCGUCUACCUCCUCGUCCUCUGCGGUCGCCUGGUUGAUGAAUGAGGAUAGUGUCGGUGGAGUGAAAAGCGAGGUCCGCAGCCCCGGCCUGUGCGACGCCGACGUGGCGCUGCACGGGGAGCCCCUGUACGACGCGCUGCCGUAUGACCAGUCCGCGUUGCCGUACCAGUAUUAUAACAGCAUGCAGCAAUAUGGCGGCGGCGCGACGUCCACGUACGCCAGCUCGCCGCUCUACAACCAGACGUACGCCGCCUACCCGCCCGCGCACAACACCGCUAAUAGGUCGUCUUGCAAAGCGACGCCGACCUACCUGAGCUACGGGUCUCACGGCGGCGUGGCUGCCUCGGGCUUCGCCGCGCAGCCGUCGCCUCAUGCGUACUCCACCUACAACCCCGCGCUCACGCAAACCUUCCCAACCCAGCAGAACUAUAGCAACUAUGCGGCCGGCUACGACUACAACAUGGCGCAGUACGGCGGCUACUACGCCACGCCGAGCUACUCGCCCUACGUCAGCUCACCCAGCAGCAGCGGCAGCGCCGGGCACACCUCAUAUCACUUAGGAGCCACUCUUUCAGAGUCGCCAUCAUCUAUUCUGCCAUCGUUAAACGACACGAGUCCACUUUCGCCGCUGAAGAAUGAAAUUCACGCAGCGAGCCGAAGGUGUCGAGAGAAUUCAGGUGAAAGCACAGUAAGCAGAACACGGGGUCGGGGGCGGACACGGAACACAAGCUCGUCUCCGGCACAGCACGUCCCAGAGCCGUCCACCGAGCGAGUGUUUGUGUGGGACCUGGAUGAAACCAUCAUCAUCUUCCACUCCCUGCUCACCGGCACCUACGCUACUAAGUAUAAUAAGGAUACACAUCAAAUAGUUCAACUAGGAUUUCGGAUGGAGGAAAUGAUAUUCAGCUUAUCAGAUACACAUUUCUUCUUCAACGAUGUUGAGGAAUGCGACCAGGAGCACAUUGACGCGGUGGCGGCCGACGACAACGGGCAAGACCUCUCGGCCUACAACUUCGCUAGCGACGGCUUCCACGCGGGCGCCGCGCCUUCUACCGGGCUAUGCGCGCCUGGUGUGCGCGGCGGCGUCGACUGGAUGAGGAAACUGGCUUUUAGAUACAGGAAGAUCAAGGACACGUAUAAUAAUCAUAGGAAUAGUGUGGGAGGCCUACUGGGACCAGCCAAGCGUGAACAAUGGCUGCAACUGAGAGCAGAGCUGGAGCAGGCCACUGAUAACUGGCUCACCCUGGCCUGUAAAUGCCUCAACAUGAUCAACUCUAGAGAGAACUGCGUGAACGUGCUGGUGACGACGACGCAGCUGGUGCCGGCGCUGGCCAAGGUGCUGCUGUUCGGGCUGGGCGGCGUGUUCCCUAUCGAGAACAUCUACUCUGCUACUAAAACUGGCAAAGAGACAUGCUUCGAGAAGAUAAAGCAGCGGUUCGGCGAGCGAUGCACCUACGUGGUCAUAGGCGACGGACAAGACGAGGAGGCGGCGGCCAAGGCAAAGAACUACCCCUUCUGGAGGAUAUCCAGCCAUUCCGACAUCGCGGCUCUUUACAACGCGCUCGAUCUAGGCUUCUUAUGAUUUCAUGCACCCCUGGUAACUUUGGAGGUGGUUGGGAGAUUUAGAGUGCGUAAAGAGCUACGAAUUUUGGAGGAUAUAGCGACAUUACGGCACUGUAUAGUGCGUUUGAUCUAGGCUUCUUAUGAUUU